AUGGCCAAAUCCUUAAAAGCAUCAUUUCCAAGUGAUGCAUCCUGCGCAAUUAUUAUACUGUUUCUCAUAUUGGUGGGCUCAUCAGCAUCAUCGUCACUAAGAAUGAAUAAUUCUCUAUUGAGAAAUAACCAGCUGAAAGACUACCCCUGCGAGGAAAUCUAUGUUGCAAGAGAAGGUGAAACUCUCCACAGUAUCAGCGACAAAUGCGAUGAUCCCUUCAUAAUCGAGCAGAACCCACAUAUUCUUGAUUCCGAUGAUGUUUUUCCUGGUCUUGUCAUCAAGAUUACUCCUAAGCCUAGGAAGUAUUUUCUUCAUUACAUAAUUUGGAAAUAUUAA